CAUCAUCCCACGAUGAGCGCAACACGACAGCUAUCCCGCGCGGGCAGGCUAUGCGGCUCGCCGUGCUGCGCGUCGAGCUCGCGCCUAACGCCGCUGUCGUCGGCAACCCGAGCGCUCCCCAUCAUCCCACCCCCUCCGACCCGCCGCCCCCUCUCGCUCCUCGCGCACCGCCCGCCCGGGUUCUUCUCCCCGCCCCCGACGCCAAACCCAAACCACCCCGACAAGCCGCCCAGCCUCGAAGACGAGGUCGACGACCGCGAGUGGGAGAUGCGCGUCGCGCGCGGCAUGCUGCACCUGCGCGAGACGCUGCCGCUGCUCUUCGACCCGGCCGCGCGCGACCGCAACCUGUUCCCGCCCGAGAUCUACUCCAAGAACGUGACUCUCAAGCUGCCUGCGCCUUUGCCGUUCAAGGUGUCGAGCCUGCACGGUUACACUAUGGCGUUUACGAUUGCGCGGAAUGGAAUGCAGGCCCUCCACACCGACCUCAAGACGUCGCUUGAACGCAUGUCCGUCUCGCCCAUCCCGCCAUCAUCGGCGUCGAGCACGGCGCACGCUCCACCGUCCGCGCGCCAGCGCCAAAUCCGCAUCCUCCUCACGCUGCACGGCCGGCCACGCCUCCCGCCACACAACGAGGCGACUUGGCACACGUCGUCGCUGUACUCGUUCUCGCCGUACUCGGGCCUCAUUGCGCACCACGAGGUCGAGACGAUCCGCCCCCUGCCCGGCGAGGGCGUGACCGAGUGGCUGCGCCAGUCGCUGUUCGGGUUUGCAGGCCGCAAGCCCGAGGUCGUCGACGAGCCGGCAGUGUACCCCCGUGCUAGUUCGUCUGGGGAGGAGUGCGGUGGCGCCGACGGCGUCGUGCGGACCAAGCGCGACGAGUAGGAGGAGCACCAAGGUGGAUCGCAGGCGGUGGGACCGUCAUCCUCAAACAAAAAAAAGACAAGGCCACGGGCCACGCAUGUUGUCAUCUCAUUGUAAUGCAUCUCCACUCAUGGCUCG